AUCCCGGAAGUAAACAAAAAAACUGAGUUUUAUAAAAAUUCAAAUAUUUUUAUAAAUAAUGGGAAUUCUAGUUCGUAUUGUAACAAGAAACUUUCUUACAAGACAAGGCUGGAGUCGUCAUGUUGCCAUAUUGUCAAAUACCAAUUCUAGUAGAAAUGACAAACAAAAUUACUCUGUGUUUAAUUUACGAAAUUCCAUCAUGAUUUCUUGUGGAAUUUGUAGUGCAGUUGUUGGAUAUAAUAUAUUCAAAGAUCGACUUUCACAUAUUAUCCCUGAAUUUCCUAAAGUCAGCGCUGCAUCUUCUUCAAGACGAGCUCAGUUUAACUUCAUUGCUGAUGUUGUUGAAACAACUGCAAAAAGUUUAGUUUACAUUGAAAUUCAGGAUACGAGACGAAUGGAUUACUUCAGUGGGAAACCUGUUACUGUUAGUAACGGCUCAGGAUUUAUUGUUGACUCAUCAGGUUUAAUACUUACAAAUGCCCAUGUAGUUAUAAAUAAACCAAGAUCAAAUGUCUCUGUAAGACUGACUGAUGGAAGAACAUUUAUGGGAAUAGUUGAAGCUGUUGAUCCAGUAAGUGACUUGGCCACUGUCAGAAUUCAAUGCAAGAAUUUGCCAGCAUUGAAAUUAGGGGAAUCGUCAAGUCUUCGAGCUGGAGAAUUUGUCGUUGCCUUAGGAUCGCCAUUGUCAUUAAGCAACACAGUAACUUCUGGAGUUGUUUCAUCAACACAACGACCAUCAAAAGAACUUGGAUUAGGAGGACGUGACAUAAACUACAUUCAAACCGAUGCAGCAAUUACAUUUGGCAAUUCUGGUGGGCCACUUGUGAAUCUUGAUGGUGAAGCAAUUGGAAUUAAUUCAAUGAAAGUCACGCCAGGAAUUUCCUUUGCUAUUCCCAUUGAUUAUGCGAAAAACUUCCUAAAACUCGCUGAAGAAAAAAUCAAAAAGGGGAAAUCAUACGGAGAAGCUCCACAACGUCGUUAUAUGGGAAUCACAAUGCUUUCACUAACACCACAAAUUAUUGCUGAACUUAAACAACGAGGAUCACAAAUUCCCGAAAGCAUCCAACAAGGAAUUCUUGUAUGGAAAGUCAUUAUGGGUUCGCCAUCUCAUACAAGUGGAUUGAUGGCUGGCGACAUCAUCCUCAAUAUUAACAAUCAAGAUGUCAAACAAUCAGCUGAUAUUUAUGAUAUUUUGGAAAGCCAAACAAAAGUCUUGGACAUGAUUGUCUUGAGAAAUGCAAAAAUUUUGAAGAUUUCUGUCGUUCCAGAAAAUCCUGAAUAG